CACCCUUUGUCGUCAGCUCCGUCACUGUCACUAACACAGCUCUCAUCACUUGACCGUUUGGUAGAUGUGUAGUCGUCAGAAGCAGCUCGUUAUCUGAGAUGACUUACAAAAAUAAAAAGCUCGACAAAACGUAAUCUCCGACCAUGCUAUAAAUAGUAACGCCAAUGGCUUACGUUAGGUGAUUCCCCUUCUCAUUUCGCGCCCGCUGCCUGCGCAUGCGUCGACUGCACGCGCUACAAAAGCACUUUGAGGGACGGACGUCUGGUCAAAUUGAGUUGUGAUUGAAGCGCAACCACUGGAGAGACUGGAGAGAGGAAAAAAAAAUAAAAAAUUAUGGAGAGUGAAUAUUCCAUGGACCUCGAGAGCUUUUCAGCGGGAUGUGCAGAGAAACUGUUCGAGUCCCACUUCGCGACGGCCUGCUCCACUUUUUCAGCUGCGGGAUCGGAAAGUUUGGACACAGAACUCGCAGAGGCAGCCCGGAUGGCAUAUGAAAGUGGGACCAUCACACCACUCGUCAAACAAGAACUGAGACUAGUCAUUCAAACCAGAAGAUUGUCACAAGGAAAGGAUGAACUGAGGGUGGCAUUCUCCGCGCCGUGCUCUCACCAGCUGACCCCUGCCGAGGAGGCACAGCGCAUGCGCAGGAAAGAGCAGAACAGGAGAGCCGCGCGACGAUUUCGUCAGAACCGGAAGUUACGGGAGUCGGUUCUGGAAGAGGAGAUAAGUAACUUGGAGGUGAAGAAUGCAGGGUUAAGGGACAAGAUCAAAGAGUUGCAGCAACUGAAGGACCUGCUGCUGCAGCAUGUGACCGCUCAUUUCAUCAAACAUCAUCUCCCAGACUCUCCGCAGUCUGGGGUAGGUCAUCCACCCCGGGGCCUCCCCGACGCCAUGCUGCGUCUUCCGAGAUGUCUCCCCGCCUUUGAUAAGCCAGAGACACACUGAAACUAUGGGAUGUCCUUGUUUUCUCGCUCCAUCAAUGUGAUGCGAAAAACAGGGGAAACAACUUUGUUUGCUGGAUUACCUCAGCUGGCCAUUAUCAUCGAUGUCAAG